AUGUCUCUGCCACAUGCAGGUGACUCCAUUGUGUCUGAGGGCAGUGGGUUGAUAGAUGAGGGGUUGGCCAUAGUGGAGCUCUACAUCACCAAGCUGAAGUCAGAGCUGAAGACCACGAUGAAGCCCUGUAAGCAGCUGGAGGCCCGUCAGGCCGACAGUGACGAGGAGCUCGCCGUCUGCCAGCUGCGCGUAUCCCAGCAUGAGGCUACGAUAAAGUCUCUGAAGGAGCACCUGCAGAACAUGGAGCAGAAGAACAGGGAUCUGGAGGAGAAUGUGGACUUACUAAAUGAAGCGCUGUUCAAGAUUAGCACUCAGGAGAAAGCCUAUGUCCUGGUGAAGGAGAAUGAGAAUCUGAGCACUAAUGAGCUGAAGGAGGUGGCGGAGAAACAGAUUCAAAGUUACAGAGAUGCACAUCGGAAGCAGAUCAGCAGCUGGAGAGAUGAACUGGACAACAAAGACCAACUCAUCAGUGAACUACAGGAUUUAAAUCAGAUCAUCGUGUUGAAACAAGAGCGUUUGAGAGUCGAAAACUUAAAACUCAAAUCUGCUGACCAAGACAAGAGUCAAAGACUGCACAAACUCACUGUGAUGCAGGACCAUGGGGAGCAGGCCAGGCAGGAUCUGACAGGUUUGGAACACAAAGUGGCUGAACAACUGCAGACUCUUAAAAAUCUUCAGAAGCUGUUUGUUCAAAAUCUGGCAACCAAGAGUGCAGGGAUGGACUCGGAUGACACUGGAGGCAGUUCCGCACAGAAGCAGAAGAUCUCUUUUCUGGAAAACGACCUAGAACAGCUCACCAAGGUCUACAAGCAGCUGGUUCGGGACAACGCAGACCUGUGCUGUGAGCUGCCCAAGCUGGAGAAAAGUCUGCUGGCCAAGGCCGAGAGGGUUAAGACUCUGGAGCUGGCACUGAGAGAAGCCAAGGAGAACGCCGUGCGCGACCGCAAAUGCUACCAGCAGGAGGUGGACCGCAUCAAAGAAGCCGUCAGAGCCAAGGAACUGGUUUGCAGAGGAGUCAACGCACAGAUCGUUCAGCAGAAACACACGCCGCCUGUAGCCCAGCCCAGCCAGCUGGGCGACAGCCUGUCCGUGGCUGGGGGAAAGGGGGGCAUCCCAUGCAUGAGAGGAGAAGGAACCCUGCACCUGAAGAAAAUCAACAAAAAUUAA